UCCACUUCGUAAACAAUCAGUCUCACAACCUAAUGGAUUUAAGUGUCUCAGAUCUCCUCCUGUGUCCCCAAUUGAACCCUGCAACUGAUUUGAAAAAUGAAAUCCUGGUUUUUGACAUAUCCAUACUACAUAAACAACCAAACAUGCCAACACAAUUCCUCUGGCCUCAUCAAGACUUGGUUGGCUCUCAGGAUGAGCUAAGAGAGCCAGUCAUAAACCUAGAGGGCUUCUUGAAAGGUGACAAGGAGGCAACUGUUGCUGCUGCUCACCUUGUUGGAGCUGCCUGUAUUAACCAUGGUUUCUUCCAAGUUAUCAAACAUGGUGUAGAUGUGGAUCUUAUUCGAGCUGCACAUGAACAUCUGGAUUUCAUCUUCAAUCUUCCGCUUGCUAAAAAGCUUGAUGCUCGUAGGGAACCAGGCAGCGUUUAUGGCUACUCAGGUGCCCAUGCUCACCGGUUUUCGUCUAAAUUGCCAUGGAAGGAAACGUUAUCUUUUGUGUAUAACCAUGGCAACAGCCAUGACCUUGCUGUGCCUAAUUAUUUCACAUCCUCCUUUGGGAAAGAAUUCCAAGAAACCGGGUUGGUCUACCAAAAAUAUUGUGAGGCAAUGGAGAAAUUAUCUCUAGCAAUCCUGGAAUUAUUGGCGAUUAGCUUGGGAGUAGAACGUUCCCACUACAGAAAAUUCUUUGAAGAUGGUAGUUCGCUAAUGAGGUGCAAUUUCUAUCCACCUUGUAAAGAACCAGGCCUGACUCUUGGAACUGGUCCCCAUUGUGAUCCAACUUCCUUAACCAUUCUUCAUCAAGAUCAAGUUGGAGGCCUUGAAGUUUUUGCAAACAACCAAUGGCGACCCAUUCGACCUCGACCAGAUGCGUUUGUCAUUAACCUUGGUGACACAUUUAUGGCAUUGUCCAAUGGAAGAUACAAGAGCUGCCUUCACAGGGCACUGGUGAACAAGGAGAGUGUCAGAAGAUCAUUAGCCUUUUUCUUGUGCCCAAAACAAGACAAAGUAGUGAGACCCCCACAGGAUCUUAUUGACAGAGAAGAGCAAAGGAAGUACCCUGAUUUCACAUGGUCAGAUUUGCAAGAAUUCACUCAGAAACACUACAGAGCUGAUGUUGCAACCCUACAAAGUUUCAUUCAUUACUUUCUACCCACCAAACGUUACAACUAGUGGU